AUGAUACCCCGCUAUACCAUCGCUCCUCACCUGGAGUACUUCAAUGUCCCCUUCACCGACUUCAUUGCAGCGCGGCCCGAAUUCGACGCGUUCGGGGUCGGGGGCUACAUUUUCGAACGAGCAACGACUCCUCUUCCCACCGCCAACGCGGGGUCCCCGCCCCCACGCAUUUUAUUGCUCCAGCGAGCUCUGACCGAUUCCAUGCCCGGUUGCUGGGAGGGUCCUGGCGGGGCCGCAGAGCCCGACGAGGACGGCACGUUGUUGGAUGGAGUGGUGCGUGAAGUCGCCGAGGAGACGGGUCUGCACGUCUCGCGCAUCUUGGAGUUGGUCGCCGUCGACGUGUGGAUGCAUACUCGUCGGAAUGGGGAUCGAAUUCGGAUUGCGAAAUAUUCGUUCAUUGUCGAGGUGCAUGAGGCCAUGAGGCAGCUGGCUGAUGGGACUACUCAGGCCGUACCUGUGGAUGAGAUCCCCGUCCGGUUGGAGGCGACGGAGCAUCAGGCAUUUGACUGGGCGAUUGAGGAAGAUGUGAAGUAUUCGUUCCAGACGGGGAAGGGCAAGUAUCAACUGCCUUUGCCUGCGGUGGCACAUCAGGGGCCGAAUAUUCUGAGAGCCUUUGGCUUGUUUACGGAGCUGCAAAAGGGGAGUUUGGGAUGA